AUGAGUUUGCUUAAAGUUGCAGUUUUCGCCGCACUAGUCAUUUGUGCUAGCGCCGAGCCUAAACCAAACCCGGGAGUCCUCGCAGCCCCAGUGGCUUACUCAGCACCUCUAGUCCAAGCACCAUUUGUCGCCAGAAGCUUUGCGGCACCGGUGGCAUAUGCAUCUCCAUUCGCUUACAGUGCUCCUGUUGCUGCCGCUUACACUGCUCCAGUAGCCGCCGCCUAUACAGCACAAGUUGCUGCUGCUCCAGUUCUAGCUGCUCGUGCUGCGCCGGUCGUUGCGGCAGCUGCACCUGUUGUGGCUGCUCGUGCUGCUCCUCUAGUAGCCGCUGCGCCAGUCGUUGCUGCUCCAGCACCUGUCGUGGCAGCCCGUGCGGCUCCCGUUGUUGCUGCCCCAGUUGUUGCCGCUCGUGCUGCUCCACUCGUUGCUGCUGCGCCAGUCCAAGCUGAGUUUACCGAUGCUUAUCCACAAUAUCAGUACGCUUACAACGUUCAGGAUGCCCUGACUGGUGACUCGAAAACACAGGAAGAAACUCGCGAUGGUGAUAUCGUUAAGGGAUCUUACUCCUUGAUCGAACCUGACGGCAGCCGUCGCAUUGUCAACUACUAUGCCGACCCAAUCAACGGAUUCAACGCUGUCGUGCAGAAGGACGUUCCAGUUGCGCUAGCAGCCAAGACCGUCGUGGCUCCCGCCGUUGCUGCCAAGGCUGUGCUGGUCUAG